AGUCGCCCAUCAUGAGUGAGGAAGCGGCUACUGAAUUGGCGUCGCGAGUCGAAGGUUACGUUAGUCUUAGUGAGGACGAGGCUGACCCCGAGGCUGCCUUGCUGGCCCCACCAGAGACGGACUACGGCGUUGAGGAAGAGCAAGAUGAGCAAGAUGUCAUCAGUCCUGGGGUAGAGGGAGAACUGGAGGAGGCCCCUGCUGAGGUGGAUAGUGGGGUAGUACAGCCCUUGAAGAAGGCUCCCACUCGAGCUCGACGGAAGAGGAAUCGAACUCGGAAUAGGAAUGGGGAUGGCGUCUCAUCAUUACAGCCGCCUCCACCACCGCCACCGCCUCCUCCGCCCCCACCGCCACCACCGCCGCCGCCUCCUCCUCCGCCACCACCGCCACCCCCGGGCUCAGCUGAGGCUUUACAGACUGAUGAAGCACUUACUGCGAUGGCUGGUGGUUACUCGCCCUUCCGUUAUAGAGGAGCCGGUCAGCCGUUGUCAGUGGCGUUGGUGAAAAGCAUCAAGUAUCGUGUUCUGGUAAUGAGAUGUGAGACUUCGAUGACGGUCAUCUGCCCAGUGAGGAUGCAUAUAGAGGUCUCCUUACCGAGGAAGCCCGCCGGCUCAUCGGUACCAUUGGACCAUGCCGCUGUCUGUCGCCAAGCGGUGUCUUUUUUCCGGGCCCAUCUAGGUCCAGAGAGAACCCUCUGUGCUCAUUGGAUCCCCAAGGGCCCGGCUGCUGGGGUCAUUGAAGUGGCAAUACAACUCAUCCAACCAACAGACGGUAGCCUCUUCCCGAAGGAUGAAAUCUUAGCGGAGCGAAACAUCGGCAUUGACCCCGAGCAGCUACUGGUCACUGGUAUUGCUAGAUUGGACUCCUUCGACCGCUCAGUUCAGUCGUCGCCGCGGUCCUGGGGUUCCCUUGGUGCUGUCGAUUCAGUAGUAUUCGCGGUGCCGUUGUCCUGGGAGCCCGAACUACGCACGGUCCCCCCUGGGCAUCAGGUCGACACGAGGAGCGUAUGGUGGCGAGGGCUACUGGGAGGAGGUUGUCGCGGUCGUAUCAAGACCGUUUACCUGCAUGGUUAUCUGCCUCAACCACAGCACACUAUAACGUUUAAUAAAAUAUGGUCCACUGAGGUGGCCGUCCUCAUCUGCUGUACUACCACCCCAGUUGACGCCCUUAAUCUGGCCAACGUCUUGGACGGCCGCCUUCUAUCGGGGUGGGGGCCCAACCGUCAGAGGCAGAUGUUCCCUAUGAAGGCCCAGCCAGUGGACUUCGCUGCCUUCACUAAGCAUCAAGGGAAACUGCCAGACUGGAUGGCCCUUCCACUUUCCCCGACGCCUCCCGAUCUGUCUCCACCCCCUGCCUUGGCCCAUCCUGAGCCACCGCCACCCCCAGGGUAUCAAGCCUCGAUGGUCCCUCCAGCAGGUGAGCGGGAGGAGCAGACCAUGUGA